UCUCUCACUCCUAGCCUGGUCUUUCCUGCGCGCACUCCAAUUCAGUCAGUGAGCAAGUAGCUAGCUCGCGAUGGCUCAGGGAAGCGGCAGUGCUCGCGCCGUGUUGGCGCUGGUCCUCCUCUGCGUGCUCCUCCACGGCGAUCUCGCCGAGUCCAAGGUGUACACCGUCGGCGACCGCGGCGGCUGGACCCUCAGCUCCGGCGGCUGGUCCAGGGGCAAGCGCUUCCGCGCCGGGGACGUGCUGCUGUUCAAGUACGGGCGGGGCGCGCACAACGUGGUGGCGGUGAACGCGGCGGGGUACAGGUCGUGCAGCGCCCCCAGGGGCAGCAGGACGUACAGCUCCGGCAACGACCGCGUCACGCUCGCCCGCGGCACCAACUACUUCAUCUGCAGCGUCCCCGGCCACUGCGGCGCCGGCAUGAAGAUGGCAAUCAACGCCGCCUGAUCUACAUCGUCAGGCAGGCAGGCCACUGCGGCGCCGGCAUGAUACUUAGCUUUGGUGUACUUCCCUUCAAGUAACCAUGCUUGUUCAAUAAUGGUUUUAUAUCGAGUUCGUGGGUCUUUAGGUCUGGCCGAUUGCCACUCGAGAGAAAUAUUAGUGUGUUGCUAUCUUGAUGUGUAUGAGAAAAGAAGUAAUAAAGCCAUACAGCUAGCUUUUU